UAAUUUACUAAAUUUUUUGACAUAUAUUAAACUCUGAAAUCAUAAUUUCAUAAUUGGGAUAGGUUCAAUAGCACUUAUGCAAACCAAUAAUUGUAACAUAGACAAGAACAAAUAUUUAUCAUUUAAUUAUUUGACUGCUAAAAUUAAAUUAGCUGAUAAUAAACAUAUGUAUUUAUGGUUGUGGAAACAAUUCAAUGGUUAAUUCUGUAGCUUUAUGAUUAUUCUCGUUCAUUUAGACCUUACUUUUUACAGCAAAAAUGUUGCUAUCCUAUUAUUUAUUCAUCAUAAGAAAGAAAAAUAUAAAUCCAAGGCCCAAAGGAUGACCAUUAGGUUUUCUCAGACUUUCAUCAGGUCUAAGAUAUUUAUACUAAAUUGCAGCUUCAAAUUAAAGUUUCAUCUAGGUAAAAAAAAUUCUUUGAUAAAAUUCACUAUAUGUCAAACGCGGCUGAUAAUCUAAAAAACAAAGUAGAAAUUAUUUUUCUACUCAUUCUUGUUCUAAAAAAAAAAAAAAAAAAAAAAAAAGACGCCAGAAGCUCCGGUUCCAAAAGAAAACUAAAGAAAGAUCAGAAUUUCCUUGUCUGUUCAAAUAUCUAUAUUUUUUUCUUGCAAUAAAAGAAAGAAUAAGUAAACACCGCCUUAUGUAAAAAAAAUUGGUAUUUCCUAAAUGUAAACAACUACGGAGUUUUUUGUUUCUCCUAAACAACGUGGGAAACAAUUUAAUUUUGAUUAAACGCCAAGCAUCACCACCCCUAUAAAUAUCCUUCACGGUUCCUCAGAAUUUUGCAUCACAAAACUUACUCACUCUCUUUUUUCUUUGAUUCUCCAAUCAAUUUUGCUCUUUUCCAUCUUGUUUGAGCUUUUUUUUUCCGUCUCUGCUUCAAUGGCUUCCCAUUGCAGUACCCAUCAUUUGUUGAUCUUGGCAUUACUCUGCUCUUGUCUUCUUGUUGUUCAUUCUUUUUCUCUGGCGAAAGAAGAUGAACUACUUGGUCCCUUUAAUGCCAUAUAUAAUUUGGGAGAUAUCGGCGACUCUUCAUCUUCAUCAGCUGCUGAUCAUAUUGCUGCAACCCUCAAUCUGCCUUCUCCACAACCCCACACCCAACAUGGCACUGAAUUCUUCGAGUCCGGUCUUAAUUUUGCCACCCCUGGAGCUACCAUCAUGAGCCCUUUUUUCUUCCUAAAGAAUGGUAUCAAACCACCUCCGCAUUCUCAUGACCUAACUCAGAUUGUCACUUUCAUGAAGUUCUUCUAUAAAGACUGCUUCUCUUUUCAUGACUGUGGCAAAAACAAGGUUCUUCGGAAAGCUCUCAUCUUUAUGGAUCAACCUGGAAUUAACGACUACAAACAGGCCUUCUUAAAUGGAAAAUCUAUUUCCGAGGCGUCUCAUCUUGUGCCUGAAGUGGUGGAGACCAUUAAGAAUUCAGUGGAAAGACUCAUCAUUGAAGCUGAAGCCAAAACUAUUAUGGUUUCUGGAAUUUUACCCAUGGGCUGCUUUCCAGUUUUUCGGACUCUGUUUCCCGAGAGCGAUUCAAUGGGCAAAAACAGAUGUCACAAGGGAUUGAAUCUGUUCUCGAAGCUUCACAACGAUCACCUUUCGCAAGCAAUUAUGGAGUUGCGUUUGAAAUACCCUGAAGUUCACAUCAUAUAUGCAGAUUACUACAAAGCAUUCAUGGCUGUUCUUAAGAAUCACGCCUUUCUGGGAUUCAAGACAAAGACUUUGAUGAAGGCGUGUUGUGGCAGUGGUGAUGGUCCAUUCAACUUUGAUGCGAAGAAGAAGUGCGGUGAGAAAGGAGCUGCUACGUGUUCUAAGAGGGCUUCGUAUUUACAUUGGGAUGGAUUUCGUCUGACCCCAGAGGCUUUGGAGAACCUGAUCGAUACACUCUUCAGCAAAAAAGGAUUCGUAUUCCCAGAAUUCAAGUUUGGAGAAGAAACAGCAGCAGCAGUAACAAGGCAUCAUUCCAGGAUUCAUGGGGGAGUUAGAAACAUGUCUUCAAUUGUUAGGCAUUUACUUUUCGUCUAAGCCAGUUUUCAAUAUUCAGUUUUGUCAAUGUUUUUUUUUGCUUAUCUGUUUGAUUCAAAGGGUAAUACCUCAUUGCUUUGUAUAUACAGUGGAAUGCCCCUCUUAGCUUCUGUAAAAAUUUACCAUUCUUUUGACUCGUAUCAAAUAAAAGUAUCCUGAUUCAGUUCAAA